AUGCCUUCAGAAAGAAAGAAAAAUACUUUACCACCACCAACAGAUAUAGAUUAUGUUACUCCACCUAAAGAUAAUUUGAUUGAAGAAUUAAGAUUUACACUUGAUAAUGCUAGUAGUUUGUAUGCUGAUAUAGCUUGGGACUUUGUUUCAGCACUUAAACCAACAACCAUUUAUGCACAUAAAGCAAUUUUGUAUUCAAGAAGUUCACGUUCAUUCCAAGAACGUUUUCUUAAAAAUAAAGAUACAAAUGGAAUGUCUAUAAGAUCAGUCAGAUUGUCAAAUCCAGAACCUUUGAUUGUUAAAGCUGAUGAAGAUCCAAUAAUGUUUAGGCAAGAAUUGAAAUUUUUUUAUACUGGUGAAGAAGGUAGCGAGGAAUUUUUGGCAGCUGUGGAUACAACUGAUGAACUGGAGCAAGAUAAAUUAAAAGAGGAUUUAUUAUACAUGUUUAAAUCAAAGUUAUAUACCGAUGCGAUGUUAAGUUCAAAUUUCAAGGAUUCUAAAACUGCCAGCAUACGUCUAGACGCAUCAAUAUUUAAUAAUACAUCCUUAAAUCUAAUACUCACUUAUAUUUAUACUGGUAAUUUAACUUCUCACUCAAAACCAUUGACUUUAGAAACUUGUGAGUGGGUUUGGAUAGGUGCUGAUUUUUUGGGCAUAAAAGGUUUAUGUGAUGAUUGUGUUCAUAAAAUUUCAACAAAAGCACAUUAUUUUACAUGCACUUGUGCUGAAUGUCAAGUUGUUAUACCUUCAAUUGCCAUAUUUGCUAAAGAACAUGAUGUGAAAAAAUUAUGGAAAGGUUGUAUGCAUGUCUUGACAAAAGGUUUUGAUAAUAUGUGGCCUCAAAAAACAUUUGCUGACUUGGAUGAGGAGACAAGAGAAGAAGUUUGUUUAACACUUUUAUCUAGCAUACAAAAUAAUAACAUCAUAUCAAUAUUUAAAGGUUGUAGAAAGGUUAUAUCAACAAUUGAUAUCAAAGGAAUAGGUUUACCAUGGAUAGAGACAAUACGUAACAUGACCAACCAAGUUAAAUCUUUUACAACAAAAAUAUUAGUAGAUAAUUUUGAUCAACUUUGUAAUGAAGACCAAGAAUUCUUAGAUUGUGUUGACGGUGUUGGAUUUAGUUCCGAUUUACUGGAAGAUAUUAUGAAAAUUGUUUUACAAGAAGGCUUGACAGAACAAAAUUCAGCUAGAAUUAUUAAAUGUAUAACAACUAAACUAUUAACUAGACCAGCCGUUAUUAAUGCUGAGAGUAUCGAGACAAAAAGAAUAUUAGUACAAGCAAAACAGCAUGUGUUUGAUUAUAUCAAGAAACAUUGGCUAGGUGUGAAACAAUAUGGGGGUUUCAGAUUGUUGAGUCCUUGGUUGUUGGAUGAAUUCUCCAAAGAACUUAAUGUCACUAAUCAAGAACUACAAGAACCAAUAAAUGAAUCUCAAUUAUCUCUAUUAUCACAACAAAAGCAAAACCGUCAUUUACAAGAUCAAAAAGCAAAAGCACGUGCACCAAGUGUAACAAAUGGUAUUUCUACAAAAGCAAAAAAUGCCGCUACAAAUGGCAACAGUAAUGGAAAUUCAUCAACAAACAAGAAAACUAAUAAUAAUAUAAAUGGUGCAUCAUCUUCAUCAUCUACUACAACUUCUCCAGCAAAGAAAGAUACAAAUGGUACAUCAUCUACUACAACUUCUCCAGCAAAGAAAGAUACAAAUGGUACAUCAUCUACUACAACUUCUUUAACAAAGAAAGUUAAAAGCGUUAGAAUUGCUGGAACAACUACUCCCAGCACACCAUCAUCAUCUUUUGCACGCCCAACUCGUGCAAGUGUUUUAAGACAAAAAGCCUUAGAAGAGGCCAAAAACCCCGUAAAACCUAGACCUAAAAUAGCAUCUAAGCAAAAGGCUGCUACACCUUUUUCAUCUACAUCUACAUCUACAUCCGCUCCAACAAUUGCAUCAUCAUCAAAGUCCACUUCAAAAUCAUCCCCAAUAAUAAUAUCUAAAUCUGCAAAUAGUUCCACCACUUCUUCUCCUAUUAAAAUGACUAAAUCUAAUUCAGAUAAAGCAGCAUCAACAAGGGCCAGUUCCAUUACAUCAGUAUCAUCGGCAAAAAGUGAUUUUACCACAACUUCAGUACAUCAUCGUAGAAAAAAAUCUCCAUCAUCACAGGCCUCACGUACAACCUCCAUCACAUCAGUAUCAAAUGGUAAAAUAACCAGUAUGCAACCCAAACCACAUCAGACUAAAUUAGCUACAAUUUCUAAUCCUGAUAUUUCAGUUGGUAGACGUAUCAUACUUCCAACCAAAAACAAUUCGCCUGGUACCAUACAAUUUUUAGGUGAAACUGAAUUUGCUAAAGUUGGCAAAAAUAAUGGAACUGUGGCAAAUAUAAAAUACUUUGUAGCAGUAAAUUCUCAUGGAAUUUUCGUUAGACCUGAUUCAAUUUUAUUAAUAUAA